GUGUUGGGACAAAGGUCGUGCCCCAAAGCUGAAUCCGGAAUCCCUGGCUAUUUCUCUUUUUCUCCCCUAGUACCAUCCCCUCGCCACUCCCCGCGCCUUUUCAGUCCGUGGCAGCGGAGCCUACUCAACCCGCAGUGAUUUCGGGGAAGUCAGAUGACCUUUUCUCUCCCCUGGCUCUCCCGUUCUACUGUUCUGGAAACCAUGGCCCCUCUGCUGGCUCUCCUCGCCCUGCUGCAGCUGGGCCCAGGCCUGGCUGCUCUUUCCUGCCCUCAGAAUGUCAAUAUUGUUGGGGGGAAUUUCACUCUCAGCCGUGGCUGGGCUCCUGGGAGCGUCCUCAUCUACUCCUGCCCCCUGGGCAAGUACCCAUCCCCAGCCUGGAGGGAAUGCCAGAGCAACGGGCAGUGGCAGACACCAAGAGCUACUAGCUCACUUCCCACCCUGAGAUCCUCUCGGUUGGCUAAAGCCGUCUGCAAACCUGUUCGAUGUCCAGCUCCCACGUCCUUUGAGAAUGGCAUCUAUAUCCCUCGGCUGGGGUCCUACCCCGUGGGUGGCAACCUGAGCUUCGAGUGUGAGCAUGGUUUCACCUUGCGGGGCUCACCCGUGAGGUACUGUCGCCCCAACGGCGUGUGGGAUGGAGAGACGGCUGUGUGUGACAAUGGCGCUAGCCACUGCCCCAACCCAGGCAUCUCAGUGGGCACAAUGCGGACAGGCUCGAGCUUUGACCUUGGAGACAAGGUCAGUUACCGCUGUUCCUCCACGAAUCUGGUAUUGACCGGCUCUGUAGAGCGGGAGUGUCUGAGCAACGGAGUGUGGAGUGGGUCGGAGCCCAUCUGCCGACAGCCAUACUCUUACGACUUCCCUGAGGAUGUAGCAUCUGCCCUAGGCACCUCCUUCACCCACCUGCUUGGAGCCACCAAUCCCAUCCAGAAGAGGACAGAAAACCUGGGCCGUAAAAUCCAAAUCCAGCGCUCGGGCCACCUGAACCUCUAUCUGCUGCUUGAUGCCUCUCAGAGCGUGUCGGAAAAAGACUUUGACAUCUUCAAGGAGAGCGCCUUCCUCAUGGUGGACAGGAUCUUCAGCUUCGAGAUAAAGGUCAGCGUAGCUAUCAUCACCUUCGCCUCACGGCCCAAAAUCAUCAUGUCCGUCCUAAAUGAGAGAUCCCAGAAUGUGAUGGAGGUGAUGGACAGUCUAGACUCUGUCUGCUACAAAGAUCACGAAAAUGCCACUGGCACUAACACUUACGAGGCUCUCAACAGCGUCUACCUCAUGAUGAAUAACCAGAUGGAUCGCCUCGGCAUGGAGACCUCUGCCUGGCAGGAAAUCCGCCAUGCCAUCAUCCUUUUGACUGACGGAAAGUCCAACAUGGGUGGCUCUCCCAAGCCGGCAGUCGACAACAUCAGAGAGAUCCUGGGCAUCAGUCGGAACAGAAACGACUACCUGGACAUCUAUGCGAUUGGGGUGGGUAAGCUGGAUGUGGACUGGAAGGAACUGAACGAGCUGGGGUCCAAGAAGGACGGCGAGAGGCACGCCUUCAUCUUGCAGGACGCAAAAGCCGUGCAGCAGGUCUUUGAGCACAUUCUGGAUGUCUCUAAGCUCACAGACACCAUCUGUGGGGUGGGGAACAUGUCUGUCAAUGCCUCUGACCAGGAGAGGACACCUUGGCAAGUCACCUUUAAGCCCAAGAGUAAGGAGACUUGCCAGGGGUCGCUUAUCUCUGACCAGUGGGUGCUGACUGCGGCUCACUGCUUCCAUGACGCUCAGUUGGAGGAUCGCCACCUGUGGAGGGUCAUCGUGGGGGAUCCCACCUCUCAUCACGGCAAAGAAUUCCAUGUGGAGGAGGUGUUAGUUGCCCCGGGGUUUAAUGUCCACGCAAAGCAGAGCCAGGGCAUCUCGGAGUUCUACGCUGAUGACAUUGCCCUGCUGAAGCUGUCUCAGAGAGUGAAAAUGUCCAGCCACGCCAGGCCCAUCUGCCUUCCUUGCACAGUGGGGGCCAACAUGGCUCUGCGGAGAUCCCCAGGUAGUACCUGUAAAGACCACGAGACAGAACUUCUGUCACAGCAGAAGGUUCCUGCGCAUUUCGUAGCUUUGAACGGGAACAGAAUGAACAUCAACCUCAGGACAGGACCUGAGAGGACAAGCUGUAUCGAGGCUGUCUCCCAAAACAAGGGCAGCUUCCCCGGCUUGACAAACGUCAGUGAGGUGGUGACAGACCAGUUCCUAUGUAGCGGGAUGGAGGAAGAUGACAGUCCUUGCAAAGGAGAAUCCGGGGGAGCCGUUUUCCUUGAGCGGAGGUACAGGUUUUUCCAGGUGGGCCUGGUGAGUUGGGGUCUUUUUGACCCUUGUCACGGUUCCUCCAACAAAAACUUGCGCAGGAAGCCUCCGCACGGCGUUGUGCCUAGGGACUUCCACAUCAGUCUCUUCCGGCUGCAGCCCUGGCUGAGGCAGCACCUGGAUGGCGUCCUCAACUUUUUGCCCCUUUAACACGGUCACCGACUCCUUUGCUGGUCUGUCCCUCCUGUCUUCUACCUCUGAGUGUUCUUGCUCCCGGGUACACAAAUCCUGGAACCCAGAGACGAAAGCUAGGAAUCCCCAGGGUUGUGCCAGAACCACUGUGCCCCUCCCGAGAAGCAAGUGUCUCUCCAGCGUGGAUGACCUGUGCUCCUUUUGCUUUCACACAGAAUUUCCCAGUUAUGAAAUUAAUAAAAAUCAAUGAUUUCCACA